AUGCCUCAACAAGAAACUGCUCCAACUCAACAUGCGCCUCAGCAGAAUGCACCCGCGGAUACCACUGUGCAGUAUUACCGCCGCGGCCGGACAGCUCUGUGGGUCACCGUGAUUCUGCUGGUCCUGGCCCUCACCGUGCUCACCAUCGGGUUCAUCGCCGCCACUCGCACCUCCAAUGUGGGCGUGGCCGGCUUCUACUCCGGCAUCACGAUGAGCUUUGGAGCGUUUCUUGGCGUGGUCGCCCUUCAUCUUGUAGAAAACCGUCGACCAAUGCUGAUCGCCUCCAUCAUCUUCAUCAGUUUGGGAGUUAUCGCAGCCUUCCUCUGUGCCAUUGUGGACGGGAUCAUUGCGUCACAGCUCAUCGACAUCAGGCCACUAGAGGAGGACAUGUGUGACUACUACGGAAGUGUUUCUGGAUACGCCUACGACAACUACUACACCGAGGUCACGUGCCGAGCUUCAAACAAAGCCUGCAACCUCAAAAUGGAAAGUCACACCUGCUACUGCUGCUACCUCUACAACUGUGAGAGCGAGUACCACACGCACUACUACAAGUUCACUGGAGUGAGCAGCUGCUGGGAUGUGAUCCACCUGCACCGCCUGCUCUGGGCCUCUGUGGUCCUCAACGUGGUCACCAUGUUCCUGGGAAUCAUCAACGCUGCGCUGCUCGGAGCCUACAAGGACUUGCAGAAGCCGACUCGUUGCAUCCCCCCGAGUCCAGCGCCUCCGCCUCACAUCAUGUACAACCCCAACCAGCACAUCCUCACCUAUGCCAGCUUCUGCCCCCCGCAAGCCCUGCCCGCCUACCCCAACUACCCCAUCCCAAUGCCGCCCAACUCCGGGUACAUUGGUCCUUCCACACCUCAGCCCAUUCCUGAAGGAGGCUGUCCCUCCAACGCUCAUCCGUGUGACCCUCCACAGAGCCAGCCGCCUCCUCCUCCGUCAGGACCAGUCUCGCACCCCCAGAUGCCCCCUCAGCCUAUGGGACACCCACACCCAGCUGCACACCUCCACCAGCAAGGCAGCACCCAGGAGACAGGGGGGUACCUGACCCCCAAUGCCCCUAAUGCUCCAGCACUUUACGGAGAUGCCUACGGAGCGUUAGAGAAACCUCCUCCUUAUGCUUACUGA